GGUUGCCACAUUGCUUCGGGCACCUAGCGGACAUCUUCUUCUCAGCUUUCAGCUGUCGGUCCUCGCUCUUGGAAUGCGUCGGGCGCAAACUGUUAGACUUUAUGGCCGACCGUCUGUAGGCCUAGGCGCCGAUGAUAUAUCAAGACUAACGGAAAACCCAGAGGAGUCUACUGAGGAUGUGUUGCGUCGGCAGUUGAUCGAGAAGGACAGAGAGAACGACCGGCUGCAGGACCAGAUCCAGGCGCUGCAAGCACAGCUGGCGCAGCGCCCUUCUAUGGAGGCAGUCCAAGCACUGCAGAAGGAGUACACAAAUCUGGAAAUACUCCUCCAAGGGACUCAAAGGGAGAACGAACGAUCUAUGGUUGAAAUUGAACGAGGGAAGGCACGGGAGAAAGUACUGGAGCGUGAAUUGGAGAGGCUCGCAGGAGCAAACUGGCAGGAGAAUCUGAAUAUCGGGACGUUGUCCUCCCCGGUCAAGAACUCUCGCAGAAGUAGUGCACCUCCGCCUCUUGGCUCCGCAUCAUCCUCGACUUUCACCCAAGUACAAAGCACAGAGUCGCCCGUGAAUGUCGGCACGAAUGCUGUAGCGCCGCACACCGAACAAUUGCGUUUGCUCAUCCUGGGCAUGGAAGAACGGCUGCGUGCUCGAGAGGAGAAGCUGUUGCAGGCUAUCGAGCGAGCGGAAGCGGAGGGGUCACGAUUUGAGGAACGGAGGAAAGAAACGCUGCCCACGGCAUAUUGACGGAUCCGCACGACGACUCUUGGUUCCGAUAAUUUAUAACGCACGCAUUCAUGACCGAUGCUGUUCCACAUUCCUGUUACCAUGCAUAUGAUACCCAGUCAUGUAUAUAUCUUCAUGGAGGUGCUUAAGCUUCUACAUCGGGUGUUUCUUGUUUAUCUGACAACAUGUCACGUCCUUGUCCAGACACUGCUAUCUGUCAUCGCCUCCAAAUCGGAACUGCAGGUCC